GUGCACUGUUUAAAAUCAUUCGACCAUAUCGAAAAAAAAAAUCGUGCUGUAUGUACUCAAUAUAAAAUACCUAAUUGAAAGUACAAAAUGUGUGAGAAAAAAUGUGCUUCAUUAAAAAAUAUAUAAAUGUUAAAUAAACAAGUUGAUGUUAAUAUGAUCUGAAUUAGCAAGAAAACCAGUUUGGAGAGAGUUAAGACUGAGAAGUACCGGAAGUAAAAACGAACAAAAACAAAAUGGAUCAUCAACAAUUAAUCGAAGAAAUGCCCAUAGUGGAACAAAUGUCCACGCAAGACAGAUUAUCGUUAGCUAGAAAAAGAAGAAACCUCCAAUUGAAAUUUUGGUUACAAAAAGAAAAAGAACAUAGCAAAAGAAACUCAAAGUAUCAAAAAUCUAAUAAACGAGGAAUAUCUUUCGACGACAGCGUGGUAUUAUUAGAAGCGGCAGCUAGAAAUGAUAUAGACGAAGUGCGUAGGUUAUUAAUGAAAGGCGUGAGUCCGGAUUCUAGUAACGAAGAUGGUUUAACAGCUCUACAUCAAUGUUGUAUAGACGAUAACGAAUCCAUGUUAGUAUUAUUAUUAGAAUACGGGGCUAACGUUAACGCGGAAGAUAGCGAAAAAUGGACACCUCUACACGCGGCGGCAACUUGCGGCCAUCUUAAAUUAGUCAGGAUUCUAGUAUCUAGGGGUGCUAAUUUAUUAGCCGUGAACGCUGACGGUAACAUGCCGUACGAUAUUUGCGAAGACGAAGCAGCUUUGGAUUAUAUAGAAAGCGAAAUGGCUCGACGUGGGGUUACGCAACAAUUGAUAGACGAAACCAGAGCCGCCACCGAGGCGCAGAUGCUGAGGGAUUUGAAAAAGAUUGCCGCGAACGGUGGUAAUUUGGAAUAUUACGAUGCGCAAGGUGCAACGCCCUUACAUAUAGCGGCUGCUAACGGAUACAUUUCGGUGGUAGAAUUCCUUCUAGAUUUAGGCGUCAGGACUGACGUCAAGGAUAAAGAUGAAUGGCAACCUAGUCACGCGGCAGCUUGUUGGGGACACCCCGAAGUAUUAGAGCUACUAGCGCAAGCUGGAGCUAAUUUGAAUGCCAAAAACAAACACGACGAAACACCAUCAGAUAUUUGCGAGGAUCCCGAUAUAAAGGAGAGGAUUUUGGAAUUGAGGAACGAACAGGAAAUUAAGAAGCAAGCGGAAGCGAAACGGAAAGUGCGCAGAUCUCAGAGUAAUACGAGAACUCAAUCCGUGAGGCGGACAUCUUUACGAGAUAAAGGUCUGACGGCUAGAAGGGACGCCGUAGAAGAAGCUAGAUUGAGAUUGGAAGCCGAAAGUAAUAGUUUAGACAACGAAAUUACGAAUUACCCUUCGGCUACGGCUCCAAAUACAACUCAAACCCCUCCGAAAUCCAUAUUGAACAACAACCAUUUAUCCGAACUCAACAUAAACAACCUGAAAGACGAAAACAAUCAUUUAUCGCCGAACAACCCGAACGCCAUUCAAUUAAUCGAAGACCGGAGAGCCCCCGAAGGCAAAGACAACGAUUCCUCAUCCGAAGUAGACUCGGCUAAGGAAAAAAGUUAUACGACAGACGUCAACGGAAAAGUAACCGUUCACGUUGUGGUUACGAUUAACGGUAACGGCACUUUGGCCGAUCUAAAAAAACAGAGGACGCAGAUUAGGAACAGCAGUAACGACGUGAGUAGUUUGACGUCGCCGAUGGGGAGCGUUUACGAAAACGACGUUAACCCCGAUCCGGAAACCGAUAUUUUGAGGUUAACCGGAAAUACUAUGGAGGAGAAUAUGGAGUACGCCAAACCGAAAAGGUGUUGUAUUAUCAUGUAAGUUGAAAAAAAAAACUGCCGAUUAUGUAUUCGUUUGUAUUAUGUCAUCGAGAAGUUAGUAGAGCGAUAUGAGAGGAAAAAUCGAUUAAUAAAUAAUCGAUUUUGUUACUUAUAUUAUUCGUUUUUUACUAAUUUAUCAAGAAAAGUGUCCCUCGUUCCCUUACAAGGGCAAUAUGAGCAAACAAUAAGCGAAAAAUUUUCCGGGCGCCUCGUUACAAUUUUUCGGUUGUCAAAAUGACAACAAUGACCUAACCUAACCUAAUAGCUGUCAAAUAAUUAAUUUUGACGUUACUAUGUCUGUUAAUUCAUAAAAAUAUAAUUGAAAAGUUAUCAAAAUAACUGUAAUUUUUCACAAUGGAAAAUUUAAGCGAAAUAAAAACGAUCGUAACAACUUUCCCCCUUAUUUGCGUCUAGUUUUUACUUUUAACGAAAAAUCGAUUAAUACAUAAUCGAUUUUUCUUUAGGAAAUAAUCGAUUUGUUACUUAUAUUAAUCGUUUUUACUAUUUUAUCAAUUGCCCCUCGUUCCUCUACAAGUUUUUGAUAAAUUGGGCAGUAUGAGCAAACAAUAAGCGAAAAAUUUUCCGCUGUAGGGGAAAAUUUACAAUUUUUCGAUUAUCAAAAUGACAAUAGCUGUCAAAUAAUUUAUACAUUCGAUUACUUUUGACAUUACUAUGUCUAUUAAUUCAUUAAAAUAUAAUUGAAAAGUUAUCAAAAUUAUUAUAAUUUUUUCACAAUCGAAAAUUUAAGCAAAAUAAAAACCAUCGAUACAACUUUCCCCUUGAUUUGCGUCUAUUAGUGACAAAAAAUCGAUUAAUAAAUAAUCGAUUCUUGAAGAAAUAAUCGAUUUUGUUACUUAUAUUAAUCGCGUUUUUACUAAGUUAUCAAUUGCCCUUUGUUCCCCCACAAGUUUUUUAAAAAUUGGCUGUUCUGUUAAUUUUAGAAAAAAAUUGCAUGAAAUUGGCAUAAAAAACUUCACAAAAAUAUGAAUAAUUAAAUGCUAGUUAAAUGCUACGGAAAAUUUUUCACAGACGUCAUGAAAAAAAAUGACUUUUCCAAGUUUUCUCAGCAGAAUGGCUUUGCUACAUACAUAAAUUUUUUUUUAACAAAAACUUUUCCCUAUAAUUGAGCACCUUUUUCCUAAAACUUGCCCAGAAAAAAAUUUCAGAACCCAUUAACUGCCAAUUUAUAUUUUUUUUAAUAUAUCAUUUUUUUCUCAACAUUGCCAUGCAAAUAUAAAGAAUCGAUUAAUAUAAUAUGUUUUUAUUAUUGGUUUUUUAAAUAAAUACCAAUUUAAUAUAAAAAAUUCCCAUUUGGGACCAUGACAUGUACAGGGUUGGAAUAAUAAGAGUAUUGAUGGAAAUGAAUUUAUUACAAAAAAGCUUAAAAUAAAAAAGUAAUACUAUUGAAAUAUAAAUAAUCAUUUAUGCCAUUUUUCUUACAUACAGCACAUUUUUUUGCUUGCCCUCUUCAGUUCUUUCAAUAAAAUGCCCACCACAGCCUUUACGGAUAUCUUCUGGCUCAAGUUUACUGGUUAGUUUAUAAAGGCUUGGUCUGCCCAACCUCUUAGAAUCAGAAAUUGAAGACGUUGCCAAAUAGGUUCUUGCUAUAGCCCUCUUGUAGUCAAGGAAUGGGAUUUUUCCAUUAAUAAUUUCAUAAAGUACAAGGGCAUUUACAGUAAUCAUGCCUAUAAAAUUUGUUAUAAGCGGAAAAUACCAUUUCUUACCUCGAAUUUUUAUUCUAUAUUUGUUUAUCAGCCAAUCUAGUUUAUCCACACCGCCCAUGUACAUACACAGCCACCGUCUUUUUGUCAGUUCUGGAAUAGCGAGAUACAAAAUGGAUUGGGUCAAGCUCUUGAUGAUUUGAUAAUACUUUGACUAUAUUAUUGUCUUUCAAAGUUAUUGCAAAUAUAUCAUUGUUUUUAUCAAAUCUAUAAUCAAAUGUGCCUCGAAUUACUUUUUUCCUUUCCUCAUCCGUUUCGAAUGGGCACUUGUAACCGAAUAAGCAAUGCUGCCAACUGUUAACCACUAAAACACCCACGAUUUCCAAAUGGGUUAAUAUGGCACUUAAUUUUCAGCUUAUGUUUUUUCUGUCUGCUCAUAUUGCUCUGCUAACUUUAGUGAAAUGUUGUACUAUCGAAUCGAUUCACAUAUCAAUGUUUUUUAUCACUAACUGUUAUAAAAUCACCGUGAUUCCUAUAAAUAUUAUAGCAAUAAUAAAAUUGUUAAUUUUCCAUAAUGUGAUUGUUAAUAAAAUCCAUUAAAAAAAUUUAAACAUCCAUGGAAAACAGUCCAUUGGUAUAAGGUAUUAUUUCAACAUUUCCCAUAAAACCGUCUAUAAUUAAUAUCUAAUAUCGAGUGGAUUGUUUUUUGUGUACCACUCUGUAUAUAAACCAAAAGAAAAAUAUAUUUGAACUAGUUUCUAUUAUAUUUUCUGUAUCAGUAUUACUUACGUCAUUCCAUAAUAAAUAUUUUAUUUGAAAACUUGAGGAAAAAAAACAAUUUGGUACAUACAGGGUCUUUCAUUAAGAUCUACUUAUCAUUAAAAUUGAAUAAAAUGUUUAUCGAUACUAAAUAUUAUAUCAUUGAAAUAUUUGUUAUCACCCUGUAGGUUAAAUUUAUUCAAACACAUGCCUUUAGAAAAUCUUUCAUGUUUAAUUGAAUCGAAUUGUACUAUUUUAAUGUCCAUUUCCAUUUGAGACGAUCAUAACCUCAAAUUACUUAUUCAAAAUGUUCAAUAUGGCACUUAAUGUUGAAAACACUUAUUCAUGUUAUCUAAUUAAGGUAAAAAAAGCUCCCUGUUGACGGUAAUGAUCUUGUUCUCAAAAAAAUUUGAAUCAAUAACUCUUCCAGCACAAAAACCAUACCAAAUAAUAACUUUGUGAACACUUUUCAUUGUUUUUAAUUAUUUGAAAAACACUAUUUGGUACUAUUUCAAUGUCCAAAUUCACUUGAGAAGAUCAUAAUCUCAAAUCGUUAGUUCAAAGUAUUCAACAAGGUUCAAGAGCUCCCCAUUAAAGAUCAUAACCUCAAAUCGCUCGUUCAAUAUGGCUCAAAAGAGUUUCCCCAUUAACAUUGACGAACUGGUAAACAAAAAUCAUAACCUCAAAUCAUUAGUUCAAAAUGUUUAAUAUGAUUCAACAGAGCUCCUCAUUGACAUUGACGAUUUGGUAAACAAAGAUCAUAACCUCAAAUCGUUCGUUCAAAAUGAUUAAUAUGAUUGUACAGAACUCCCCAUUGACAUUGAUAAAGUCAUAACCUCAAAUCAUUCAUUCAAAAUGUUCACUAUGAUUCUACAGAGCUCCCCAUUGACAUUGAUAAACAAAGAUCAUAACCUCAAAUCAUUAAUUCAAAAUAUUCACUAUGCUCCCCAUUGACAUUGACGAACUGGUAAACAAAGAUCAUAACCUCAAAUCGUUCGUUUACAAUGUUCAAUGUGGUUCAAAAGAGCUCCCAAUUGAAAUUAAAGAACUGGUUAAUGAAUUAUGGACCGAUAACACUGCAAGGUCAAAAUCUACAUCUAAUAAGGCUUUUAGUAUGUAUUAAGUUAUUAAAAAAGCUCUAUCCAUGCUUUUGGAUCCCUUUGUAACAAUCAAUUGAAGAGUUGGAGGCUUCUUGCUAACCAAAGCUAUGAGUUUUGCGUUGUUUUCAAAAAUAAAGCAAAUAUUUAAUGAAAUAUAAUAGAAACUUUUUUUCUUAUAUAAUUUUUAUCAUAUUCUAGAAGCAAUACAACUUUUUCAAUAGAUAAAUUCAAGUGAGAUUACUAAGUAAAGUACUUAGAAAAAAUCAGUAUUUUUUUAUAAUUAUCAAAGUAUUUUUAACAAAAAUUCUCUGAAAAAAAAAUCUUGAGCACAGCAAAAGUAUUUCUGAUUUUUCUUUUUUAAAAAAAUUAAAAUAUACAUAAAACAUGAUGAAUCAAACACUUUCGACUGCAUCAAGAAUCCCUCAUGAAGACUGUACUACAUGAUCAAGUAAAUACAAAAACUGAACAUUAAUAAAUUUGUAUUUGUAUAUAGAAGCUGUUAAUUAAUUGGGAUUAAGUGUUUGGCAACUAGAUUACGAUCGUUUUCGUAGUGGGAUUGUGGCAAAAUUAAAGUUUACUAACUCUAAUAUAUUUCCGAACUUUCGAAUACUUAUGUAUUCAUAGACUGGGACUGAAAUUAUGGUCAACUACCGUAUAUAUUAUACGUUUAUAGAUAUUUUUAUAUUAUAUUAGACUAUAAUUUCAAUCCCAGAGGAUGAAUUCAUAAGUAUUCAAAAGCUUGGAAAUAUAUUAGAGUUUGUACACUUUGGUUUUUAAUCCCACUACGAAAACAAUCUUAGAAGUUAUUAAUAUAGGAUUCUUGAAGGUUUUGAGUAUUCAGGCGCGGUUUCAAGAGGGAGUUCAUGGGGUUAUUACCCCCUUAAACUGUUUUACAAAUUUUAGGGACCAUCAAAGCUUUGGUACAGUUUGAGUGAAGUGCCUAAGCAUAAGUUUUGAUCAGUUUUUUUUCAUUUUUUUUUUAUUUUAAUUCGUGAGCCCUACCCUAAAGAAACUGAAACCGCCCCUAUAAGUAUUUAACAGUAUUGUGAACUUAUUAAUUCCUUUUUAUGAGGUUGUGAAUUUGAAAUCUAUUAUGAAAUAUUCUCAAGUUGCAGUUCCUCUUCGAAAUUUUCGAUUUUUUUACUUACUUGUGUAGAAUUAUAAGGGACAAUAUAAUUUAUUGUGAUAUUUUUUCAUCUCUACGUGAAGACACUAUUCUAUAUAUUUAAUUUACUGAAAAAUAUUACUGGGAUUUUACAUUUUUACGAUUACGAUUUCUGUGAUUUCUCAAUUUGAUCGUGGAUUCAUAUAGUCAGUCCAGUCCAUCUAUUCUAUGAAAAUCAUUUUGAUGAAGACCAAAAUGAAUUUGAUAAAAAAGAGACCUAAAAUCAAGACGAAUCAUCACGAAGGACAUAUAAAAAGGUCUAGCUAGUGAAAAGUUUAAAGAAAAUGAGUUAUAUUUGUAUGAUUUUAACGUCGUUUCUUAUGUUUUUUCUCUUAAGAGGAACCUAACCUAAUUUAGAGAAAUAGAUAGAGAAAUCAAUAAGUAAAAAAGUCUAACAGCAUUUUACUAAAUAAAUUAGAAAAAAAAAAUCGAUUUUUCGACUUCUAAUCUUCAAUAUUUCGAAAAGGAGGUGACAUUUUUUAAAUUAUUUUUUUCAUGUUCCUCAUAUGCGAAAACGUGAAAAACGAUGUUAAGAUGUAAUUUUUCAUUAUUACUCCCAUAUUCCCAGGGAUGGACUCUAUCAGAAACCAAGAUUAAAUUUAGGGAUAACAGAAAUCGUAAUCUGCCCAAAUGUUUAUUAUAAAAAUCAAAAUGAUAGCAUAAAAAACAUAUUGACAUUAUUACAUCGCUGUACUUACUGUCUUUCUAACACCAAUUAGCACACUAUUUAUUUAUUAAACACUCUUUAUAUUAAAAUUUAUAGUGAAAUUAAAAAAAAAUUACUUGCCCGUAAAAUUGCCUCUUCUAUUAUUUGUUGCCUUUUAUGAAUAGUUGUAGCUAGUGAAUUUGAUAUUUAAAAACAUGAUGAAAUUUAACACAAAAAUAAACACUUCAAAACGACAAACAAUUUCAACGAGAACGAACUAUUAAUUUCUUAUUGUAUUAACUUUUAAUAUAUAAACAAAUUUCCACUAAACACGGUAACAUUUAAUACAAAACACACUUCGAAACGACACAAAUGUGAACGAGAACUAACUAUUAUUUUCUCUUUGUAUUUAUAUACACAAAUUUCCACUAAACACUGUGAAAUUAAACACAAAAAACGACAAACAACAUAAACAAUGAUUAACUUCUAAAUUCUUUUCGUAGUAACUUUUAUAUAUGUACACAAUUUUUGACUGAAUACGGUAAAAUUGUUUUAUUCAACUGUUUCAAUUCAAUUCAAAAUGUCUACCAUGUACCAUGCGCGACACUUUUCAUCUUUUUCUAUCGUCUACCGUCCUCACCUAAUUCCGCAAAUGGUAUGACCCAGUCUGUAUUUCACACUUUUUUAACUGUCUGAACUGGAUGCAAUGUCAACAAAAACGUUGCGGUGUUGCCAUGUGUUAUACAAAUUUUACUUCAUUCGGAAUUAUUUUCUUUUUAAAUUUUAUAAUUGGAAGCAAACUAAUUGUGAAUUUCUGAAGAUUACAUCACGUUUUUAAAUAUUCAAUCACAAAAUUUAUUAGAUAUUUGUUAUUGUAAAUAUUUUUUUAUAUUAUAUUGGUUGUAGGUGAUGAUUUGUACAGUAUUACGUUCAUUUUUUUUCAUGUUUUUUCUUUGCGGAUUAUGUACCUAAAUAUGAAGAUUUUUAGAAAAUAAAUAUUUUUACCUAA